CUGUGGACCUGUCACAGUUUGUUCUCUAUGAUUGUACAGGAGGAUGCAGACUGAGCUGGUACUCCUCCUCCUCCUCCUGUCUCACCUGUCAGGUGUGCUGCUCACCUGUGGACCUGACACAGUUUGUUCUCUAUGAUUGUACAGGAGGAUGCAGACUGAGCUGGUACUCCUCCUCCUCCUGUCUCACCUGUCAGGUGUGCUGCUCACCUGUGGACCUGACACAGUUUGUUCUCUAUGAUUGUACAGGAGGAUGCAGACUGAGCUGGUACUCCUCCUCCUCCUCCUGUCUCACCUGUCAGGUGUGCUGCUCACUCCUGUGGACCUUACCAACCGUACAGACGUGGGGGGUCUGGUGCAGGACCACCACAUUGACCUUGACUGGCUGGGCACACUGCUGAAGGGAUUCGGUCCUGUGCUCGUUCCCCAACCAACACCAGAAUCUGCAAUAGCUGAUGACAGCCAGUCAGACAACAGAGCUGAUGCUGAUGAAGGAGAUGACAGCCAAUCAGAGAGCAGAGCUGAUACUGAUGAUGGAGAUGACAGCCAAUCAGAGAGCAGAGUUGACACUGAUGUUGGAGGGGUACCCAAAGAGGAGACCCUCAACAGGAAACGUCUCUCUGUUGACUCAGACUUCCUGAAGGCUUUACUGUCCAGUGAUGAUGAAGGCACUGCAGACCAGGGUGGGGGCUCUGGUCCACUGAACAAUGGUGUCAAGAUCAGUUUAGAGGAAGACUCAAGCGCUGGCGCCACAGAAAACUAUGCUGCUGAAAUUGAGGGGCUGGUUGCACCCAGCCUGACUGUAUCCUAUGGGAGCGGUGGAGAAAAUCUCACACAAGGAAGACUUCAAAAUUCUACUACUGAAAAUGUAGAAGGAGGAGCCACAGAGAGCUCUGGUGGAAAAAUUCAGGAGUCAGUUACAGCCACUCCCAAACAGAAUGAAGAUGCUGCAAAUGCCAAUGACGAAGACAAUGCAGGUAGAAAUGCUGAAGGAAACUCUGCCAAUGACAAUGCAGCAGAAGACACUGAAAGUGACAAUGCUAUAGACGAAAGUGCUGAGGAGGUGCUAGGGACAGACAACCCAAUCAUACCCAGCUGGUACAACAGUCAGGAGUAUGACAAUGACCUUUACCCUUACACGGGGUGGGAGGACCCCUGGGAGAGCUGGGGCUGGCCGGUGUUGCCCACCGAGGCGCCCGACACAACGCCGGAGCAAAUCCACAUCUCCUGGGGCAACGCCUCCAGCCAGAUGGUGGUCAUGUGGUCCACAAAGUCUCAUGGGACAGGAAGGGUGCAGUAUGGGAUAGCUCCGGGGAACUACAGCCAGGAGGUCGCUGCAGUCUACAACAACUUCUGGUAUGGGAACAACGAGGGACUGCAACACAUCUACAGGGCAGUUCUCACGGGUCUGCUCCCAGGCAGGUCCUACUCCUACAAGGUGCUGUGUGAUGAAGAUGUGAGCCCGGGUUUCCUGUUCACCGCCAAGAGGGACGAUCUGGACUGGUCACCGGAGCUGCUCGUGUACGGAGACAUGGGGCGCGUGGGCGGGGCGCCGAGUCUGGCCCGGCUGAAGCACGAGGCGGAGACGGGAAAGUACGCGGCUGUGCUGCACGUGGGGGACUUCGCAUACGACCUGCACACGGAGGGGGGAAAGUACGGUGAUGACUUCAUGAACCGGAUCCAGGACAUUGCCACCAAGCUGCCCUACAUGACCUGUCCAGGAAACCAUGAGAUCGAGUUUGACUUCAACCCUUACCUGACCCGGUUCUCCAUGCCCCAGUCCCCCUGGCCCGGGACCAUGGAUAAGAUGUGGUACAGUUUCAACCUGGGGAGGGCCCACUUCAUCAGUUACUCCUCAGAAGUGUACUUCACCGACAGCCCUGCAGAGGAGCAGUACAAAUGGCUGCUGCAGGACCUGACCGAGGCUAACAGCGCCGAGAAUCGAACCCUGCACCCCUGGAUCAUCGCCUUCGGGCACAGGCCCAUGUACUGCUCUAAUGUGGACGGGGACGACUGUACCACUGCAAAAAGUAGAGUCAGAGCAGGUCUGGAGGACCUGUUCUACCAGCAGGGUGUUGACCUCAUCAUCGAGGCCCACGAGCACAGCUACGAGCGGCUGUGGCCAGUCUAUAACUCCACCCUGGUGGGCACGCACUACCGCGACCCGCGCGCGCCAGUACACAUCAUCAGCGGGGCCGCCGGGUGCAACGAGUUCGACGGGGUCUGCGUAAACCCCAUGAUGGGCCCCAAAGGCCCGUGGUCAGCGUACCGAGCGUGGGUUCCCGGGCUGUACGGGUACGGACGCCUCCGCGUGCAGAACUCGACCCACGUGCACUGGGAGCAGGUGCUCGCCGUCAACGGGCAGGUCAUCGACUCCGCCCAGGUCAUUCAGCACCGCCACGGCCCGUUCGGGGAGGAAUGAGCCAGAAUGGUAGCCUGGGUACCAUCCGAAAAGUAGUUCCGUAUAUACUAUAUACAGUUGCUUCUAGCUCUGACAUUCAUUAUGCACUAUGUGUAUAUCGCUUCUCUGCUGUUCUGUCUGGGAUCCCUGACCUUCUUAAUGUCUGGAAUUGUCAAAAUUUUGGAGGCAGUCGCCGAUCGGUCCCUACACAUGAGCGAAUUGUGGAAUGGGUUCAAGCGAUCGCUCCAACACCGGACAAGCCCUCCGUCCGCUUGCGGAGAGCCUGUUGUCAUCAAACGAGCGCUCUAGAACCUAAUCCUUGAUUCGCUUAUCAACUGGCAUCACCACCAAACGGUUUGAAUGUGCAGAUCUCCAGGCGGAUAGCAGAAGUGAACAUAGGAGUGAACUACUAUCUGGAUAGGUACCCUGAGGCUACCAGAAUGGAGCAUUUGGCAGAAACUGGAACAAAAAUUCCAGACAAAUGAUACAUGUCGGAGCUGAGACAAGUUAUGAAAAAGGACCAACUGGUCAGAUUAUUUAUAAAAAAAAGGUAGAAUCAGAAACUCAGAAUUGUGCCUUGGAGCCUGAUCUUGCCCUCUGAUACUCAGAUUUGUCAUUUGUUAAGUGGAGAAGCAAAUAAGGAGAGAAUGUACAGAGAGCUACAUAGCAGAGCCU